GCCAAACUUACCGAAUUCCCUGCCAUUGUUUUGUUCCGCAAUGGAGUACCCAUGGUAUACAAAGGAGAUCUUCUUGACGAGGAUGCCCUCUUGAAGUGGGUGACAAGUGAAGAAGCUCUUGACAUUCCGGAUAAAAUUGAUGAAGUUAACUUGAGAAUGUUGGAUAAGUUGCUGGACACUUCUCCUUACGUGGCAGUUCUUUUCUAUAAAGAACAUAAUCCUGAUUGUGAAAAAGUAUUGGGAGAACUUGAAACCAUAGAUAAUGAAGUUGAGGCCCUCGAUAUAGACAUCGUAAAAAUUUCUGAUGCCGACAUCACUGAAGAAUAUGGUAUCAUCACGUUCCCCACUCUAGUAUUUUUCAAGAAAAGAUUCCCACAAUUCUACGAAGGGGACCUCAUGGAUGAACACAAGGUCUUAAAUUGGCUCGUAGAAAAUAAAGAGAAAAAGGAAGAUGUUAUAGAAUUUGUUGAUAAGAAAAUGUUGGAUGUAUUGUUAGAUGAUGUUGACCACAUCUGUGUUUAUUUCUGUAAGUAAACUGUAUGCAGAUAU